AUGGCUGAAACCAACAAUGUCAGGGUCAUUGUGCGGCUCAGGCCGCCUCUUCCACGUGAAGACGGGCUCGAGGAUUGCCUUGUUGAAAUGCCGGCCGGCAAAAACACCACCAUCCUUAAAAACAACGAGUCCCACAAAAAAUACAUCUUUGACCAGUGUGUAUGGUCGUAUGACGCUUACGAUGAGCACUACGUGGAUAACACAGGCUUCUAUCAAAGCUCAGGACCACAAUUAGUGGAGCAUUUCUUCCAAGGGUACAACGUGUGCCUUUUGGCUUACGGCCAGACAGGAUCUGGGAAAACGUACACGAUGAUGGGCCAUGAGAAGAGCCCAGGACUUAUCCCGUUGAUGGUGAGAGACAUUUUGCGACACAAGGACGAUCUCGUCCAAAGCAGGAUCAACUGUGAGCUUUACGUGUCGUACAUGGAGAUUUAUAACGAGAAAGUGAAGGAUCUCUUGAGCAACUCGAAACAGUGUCGUGUGAGGGAGCAUCCAGUUACAGGCUCGUAUGUGGAGGGAUUGGAGGAGAUACCUGUGACUCUGUUUGAGCAAUUUACACUGCUUUUGGCAAAGGGCAACGGGAAUAGAACAGUGGCGUCGACUCAAAUGAACAUUUCAAGUUCUCGGUCCCAUGCAGUGAUAACACUCACACUUGAGCAGACAAAGUAUGUGUCUGAAGAUGCUUUGGAUGUUGGAGAGCCCAAUGAAAAGAUAUUGUCGAGUAUUCGUUUAGUUGACCUUGCAGGUUCCGAAAGACUCCACAAAACAGGAUCCUUCGGUCAGGCUGACAGAAUGAAAGAAGGAACGCAAAUAAAUAAGUCUCUCACGGUUUUGGGCCGUUGUAUCAACAUAUUGGCGCUGGCUAAUUCUUCCAAACCUCCGCCUGUUGUGCCCUACAGAGACUCCACGCUUACCUAUUUGCUUCGAGAGAACUUGGCCGGAAAUUCAAAGACAGCCAUGAUUUUUUGCAUAUCUCCCUUCGAUUACGAAGAGACCCAACAGACACUCAAUUAUGCCAAUCAAGUGAAGAACAUCAAGACCAAAGCUAGAGCGAACACUUCUGCUAUCAAAGCACCCCCAAUUGAGUGGGACAAAUUCAAAGAAAUGGAUAAACUGGUUGUAGAAACCCUCAAGGACAGAGUGCGUGAUCUCACUUUGCAGCUUGAAGCUAGGAGCGAUUCUGUGAAAACCACGUCAUUGGUGAAAUAUCUCGAAAGAGAAGCAGAAAAACAAGCCUUCGAAAUCAAGUACCUCAAGUCAAAGCUACAGCUUCAGGAGAAGGAGGUCAAAGAGCUCACAGCGCAAAAUACUUACCUUCACAAAGAGCUUCUUGAAAACUAUGAAAAAAAUAGGACGCAAUCACGGAACGUCAUUCUUAAACAGGCUACGUUUCUAGCCGAAACUUGUCGGAAAGAAAGUCAAAGUAUCGAAGAAAUGCUAGAAUUUUUUGACCCUGCCAAAGUGCUAGACAAAAGCACACCCGUGCCUCCCGCUCCAACUUAA